AUGCCAAGAGUGCAAAUGCCCGCACAACUUGAAAUUCCAUCGCACUUCAAGACUCAGCACAACGAUCUUGCACGACCACCGCCGAACAACCCACAACCACUGCUCAAGAUGAAGUACAUCUUUUCCUCCGAGCAGCUGGUUAUUCCAGACGAUGUGAAGAUUCACAUCAGAUCCCGAGUCGUCACCGUUGAAGGACCACGAGGCAAGCUCACCAAGGAUCUCUCUCACAUCGCCGUCACCUUCUCCCUUCCCAAGAGCAAGAAGGGCCAGCAACUCGUCCAGAUCGAAAUCCACCACGGAUCGAGAAAGAAUGUCGCUACCCUCCGAACCGUCAAGUCGAUCAUCGAGAACUUGGUGACCGGUGUCACCAAGGGAUACAAAUACAAGAUGCGAUACGUCUACGCUCACUUUCCCAUCAACGUCAACAUUGAGAAGAACGCCGAGGGCCUCGACCACGUUGAGAUCAGAAACUUCUUGGGCGAGAAGAUUGUCCGACAUGUCACAAUGCGCGAUGGCGUCGCCGUCGAGGCAUCCAAGGGUGUCAAGGACCAGAUCGAACUUAGCGGCAACUCACUCGAAGAUGUCUCACAAUGCGCGGCUGAUAUCCAGCAGAUCUGCAGAGUACGAAACAAGGAUAUCCGAAAAUUCUUGGACGGUCUCUACGUGAGCGAGCGGGGCAACAUUCUCGAAGAUUAG